ACCGUGGCGUAAGGUCGUGUUUAAAAGUCGGUUAUUUAAUCGAAGUGUUACGAGUUCGUGCAAUAAACUGUCGAAAACAUGCUCACUUAGGCAAUGUUACGUGUUAUUCGGAGUUAAAGAAGCGGUAGCGAACUGAAAUACCUUCCAUCCUAUGGCAACAACAUGGCGUUUAAAUAUUUGAUCAUAAUUAUAGCAUUUGCUAGUAUAGAAAUAAAUCUAACGGAGAGUCGACAAAGCGAUAAAAGAAGAUGGAAAACGGAUAAGAGUUUAUAUUCACAUUAUGUUAAUAUUUGUGAUAUACAAGAUAGAGUAUCAAAAGUACAUUGCUAUUGUGAAAAUAUUAAAUUAAAGACAGCUACAAAAGCAGAUUGUUGGGUCUUUAAUGGAGGUAUAGCAGAAGAUGAUCCAUUUUGGUCUAAUUUUUAUUCACAACCGAUGAUUGAAAAGUUAAGUUUUAACGUAAGGGCAGACGGUGGAUUAACCUAUAUUCCAGCUAAGAUCAUUGUCAGAUUAGAAAGGUUACAAAAUCUGAACAUACAAUAUGCAAAUAUUCAAAAUAUACCAUCAUUUGCUUUCACGAACUCGACUUCGCUCCGUGAUAUUAUGUUACCAAAGAAUAAAAUCGUUAAACUAGAAAGAAUGUCAUUUGCACACCUCAUUAUGCUCUCGAAUGUAAGUUUGAUAGACAAUCAAAUAAGUGAACUGCAAAGAGAUAUUUUUUAUGAUCUACCCAAUCUCCAAAGAUUAUAUUUAGCAAAGAAUAAGAUAGAAGUAAUUCAUGAAGGUUGUUUCAAGCAUUUAAAUAAUCUUAUAAAACUUGAUCUUAGUAGCAACCUGUUGGCUGUCGUAGUUAGAGAAAACUUUCAAGGACUUUCGAAUUUAAUGAAUUUAGAUAUGAGAAACAAUAAAUUGAUGAUGAUCGGCGACUUAGCGUUUACAGAACUUUGGAGCCUCCAUGAGUUGUAUCUCGACAACAAUGAAAUAGAAUUUAUUUCUGAAAGAGGUUUUGGAGGAUUGACCCAAUUACGAAAACUUUCUAUAGCUGAUAAUAAGUUGGCAAGUUUAGAUGCUAACGUAUUCAACGAUAUUCAAAAGUUGUAUAUUUUGGACGUAAGGAAUAAUUAUUUGGAAUACUUUAAAGAGGAAACUUUGAUGAAUUUAAUGGAAAAUUUUAAAUCGAAUUAUGCUUUGAUAGCUUUGAAUGGUAACAAGUUAACAUGCGAUUGCAGUCUAGCUUGGCUUCUAAAACUAAGAAACGAAACCCGAAGUAAGCGAGUUAAAACAGCUCUCACACGUCUCAGUUGCAUUAGUGAUAUGAAGCCGAAAUCAAACGGUAGUACUGGCAGAGAUAAAAGUAAUGGUCACAUUUAUAAAAAUACAAUGUCUUUAAAAAACAAUAUUGAUAAGAGUUAUGAAGAAACUGAAGGAAAUAUUGAUGACGAUACUGUUUACGAGGAUACAAUGCAAGAUCAAGAUAAUGAAUUCAAUGGUAACAAAAUAGAAUAUCGUAGGAAAUUGAUUGAUGUACCUAGCGAAGCUUUACCGUGUCCGAAUCGAUUAAGUCUUGAAGGAUCUUUCUCUCCGCCAACUCAAGACGAAGUUAAGUAUUAUAAAUCAUCUGCAAGCAAGGUUAUUGUUACAGUUUAUUUACUCUUAACAAUUUUAAACAUCACUCUAUAACAAAUUAUGACACAUUUC